AUGGCGCAAGUGUGUAUGUUGGCGCGCAUGUUGUGGUCAGGUGAGCAGUCUGGUCGAAUGUCGUAUGAAUUGGUUUUGUAUGCAGGUGACAGGUAUGGCAGUGACCGCAGUGAAAUUCCUAAUUCCAAAUUUUUAGGUGACAGGCACGACAGGAGCCGUAACGAAACCUUCCCAACUUUUUUAGGUGACAGGGUUGGUUCUACCGAAAAUAUUUUAGAUUUUAAGUAUCAGUUUAGUUUCAAGUCUGCGGAAUUCGCGCCAGAACAAGUUUUACCAGUUUAUAAGCCUACGCCAGCACAAAGGCUCUCUGUUAUUCGUAAACGUAAUAAUGUUUCAAAUUCUAGGAAUAAGUGCAGAAUGGUUCAAGAGGAUGAAGAAGUCGAACACAGUCCUUUGUUUGACAACCACGGGGAAUCACUGCAUUGUCAGCCGAGUGUAAAUACCAAACAUCACAGGUUGGUCCGACAUCACGAGCUGUUAAAACCAGACAAGUUUGAUAGCACUGGGUGUCUCAAAACUUUUCUUAAGAAGUUCGAGAUAUGUGCUAUGUAUAACCAAUGGAGUAUGGAUGACAUGGAAGCGUAUCUGUCAUGUUCGUUGACAGGUGAAGCUGCUGAAGUUUUUUGGGACUUAGCGGGACUAGGUUAUCAAGAAUUAGUAACAAAGUUAGAAAACCGUUAUGGAACGAGUGGUCACGAAGAGUCGUAUAGACAUGAGUUGCAGACUCUUCGACGCAAACCAGGUGAGUCGCUUCGUGAAUUAUCACAAACGGUAAAAAAAUUAAUGUCGUUAGCUUACCCGGGCGAACAGUCAAAAUUGGCGGAACAUUUAACAAGAAAUUUUUUUUAUUUGCUCUUAAUGACGCUGAUUUAG